UGUGUUCUUAUUUAUAUUAUGGAACCAGACAGUCAUGGACUUACUAAAUCAUUGUUUUUUUGUUUUGCAGUUGAAUGAGGAAAAUAAACUGUACAAGUCCUCUGUGAUGGUUACAGCCGGUGCAAAUCAGGCAUUCGUUAACCUUGUUCUUACAUUGUGUGAUGCUGGGGAUUCUGUGGUUAUGUUUGCUCCGUAUUACUUCAAUGCCUACAUGUCUUUUCAAAUGACUGGUGUCACUAAUAUAUUGGUUGGUCCCAGUGACCCAAAAACACUUCAUCCUGAUCCAGAUAAUUGAAGUGAUAUCGGGUUGAAAGCUAAGCGAUUGUGUAGAAAUGGUCAAGCGACCGUUGAAAAUUGAAGACUGAGAAGGCAUUUAGGAUUUUUAAUUAUUUAAUUCUUGUAUUAGAAUUUUUUUUUCAUGUACUAUUGUAGAAAUGUAUAUAUAAACAUAAUAUUAAUAUUUUAUUUUGUGUAUUCAAAUGUAAAAGACAAAUGUUAUAGUUUCUAACAUAAUAUGAAUUUCAUUGAUUUGUUGGCGUGUGAAAAA